AUGAGGUUCUCUGUUGUCGGUGGUCCACUAGCAUCUACCAUUUCUCUUGAGGCAAAGCAGUCCGACAGCUUCGAGUCCAUCUUCAAGAGGGUCCAAGAAGCUGUUGGCAAGGCAACGCCGCUCGAUGCGUAUGACUUGUACACGACAAGGCGCUCGUCGCUGACCGGGGAGCUUGUCGCGGCCGCCGGUCCGCUACGCUUCACAGACACCCCCUCGGCCCUUCGGCUGGACUUCGAACGGAGUGAUCCACACAUCCUCAUGCUGAUGCAAAGGAGUGCAGACAACGAGCGUGGCAGUACGCAAAAUCAGCUCUUGUGCAGCACCGCUGCUGCAGGGGACGCUAGCAGGCCAGACAGCACCGCCAUAGCGUCCACAUCGCCGUCUCUCAUGACCACACCGCGGGUGAGAGAUGAGUAUCGGCGCCGCAUGCGUGCCAUGUACCUCAAGUACGACCCUGGCCAGAUACACAAGGUCGAAGUGGCACUCGACCGUUACCGUGGCUACGAGGAAGACGUGCUGCAACAGCUGGUGAAGAGGUACGGGCCCGAGCCAGCACCAGGGGAGGUCGAUCUGUCUCCCAAAGCCGCUGCUGCGCCCUCGUCCGGCCCCGACGCGCGUGAGAGCAUGCCAUCGCACUCCGCUUCGACAGACGAGGCCAAUCCACAUACGAAGCCGUCGUACUAUGAUCGACUUGUAGCCAUCUACUCCACCUACGAGCCAGCGAAGCUGAGCAAGGUUAAUGGGACGUUGAGGCGCUAUGCCGGUCGAGAGGAAGAGGUGAUCCAGCAGCUGGUGAAGAAGUACGGGCCAGAGCCCUCCACUGAGCCCGUAGCAGCGGCUAAGGUUGCGGAGGCGGCAAGCGAACAGCUUGCGCCAACUUCUGGCGUGGGACGGCAGCAGUUGACGUCAUCAGCGACCCAUGCAGAAGCUUCGGCACAUGCAAGCGCGACAGUGCCCGCUGUCGAGGAACAGGUGGCAGCUGUGCCCGAGGCCACGGAAGCUUCCGCAGUCCCCCUCACAAACACCGCGAAAGUCGCAGCAGCAACGAUACCCGCAGCUCCACCAGAAGCCAGCGCCUACGGCGAUUCCACCGUCGGGACGCAGCUGUCAAAUACUGAGAGAAAGCCGCUGGCAACGGUGGUGUCUCCACUGGACGGCUCGCUGCCCUGCUACACAGCUGUCGCCCUGCCAAACAAGGCGAGCGCUGUGGAAUCGAUGGCGAUCGGUGCUAACUACCGAGAGCGCCUAGUCGCUCUCUACAACGCGUACAACCCUGCGAAGCUGCACACGGUGGAGGGCACGCUGAAGAAGUUUUCGGGGAAGGAGGAGGUGGCAAUCCAGCAACUCGUGCGACGCUACGGAGCGGAGCCGGCCCCACUGAACCGAGAGGAGGCUCGCAAGCUGUUAACAACCGCGGGCGCUGGCGGUGUGCCCAGCACACCACCAAGCGCGAGUCCAACAACCACGAAUGCUCCAGGCAGUGCCGCCUCGUCGACUGCAGGCUUUGAACCCGCCUCGUCGGGGGAGCGGGUAGACCGCGUACUGGAAACGCACAAAAGCGGCGAGGAGGAAGUCAUGGCGCAAUCGGAGGUGCGCUACGCUGCCCAACGCGCUAAGAACAUCGCUGGUGAGCCUGCGACGAGCGGUGCGGGCUCCGCGGCGGAGUCGGGGAGCUUCGGCGCGGUGGUGACCACUGCGCAGGUCAGUGCGGCGCCACCGUCUAUUGCGGUGAGCGUCCCGCCAAGUCACGGGAACUCUCCGAGUGGCAUCGUGAGUGCUUCGACACCGUCGACAGUAGCGAGCACCAAGGCUGCUUCGCCUGUUGGUCCCGCGGGUGCUGUGGUGGCGACGCCACAAACGACACGAGUAGGAACUGUGGGGCCGGCAGCCGCUGCCGUGCCUCACGCGCAAGAGAGCAAGGCAUGGCAAGGUGGUCCGCCGCAACGGAGGGCGCUACCGCUUGCGGCGCUGCGAGUGGCGGCGGCACACGUGGAAGCUGCCGCGCACAUGUCGUUGCGAGAACGGUACUGGGCCAUUUGGAGGACGCACCACGCACAGAAGAGAGCGGCUGUGCUGUUGCAGCAGGAGCUGUGGGUGAAAGCAUCAGCCGGUGCUGCCGGUUGCUACCGCCUCAACGACUCAGUGGAGCCUGCGUACACAGUCGCGAACCUUUCGGUAGUGGUGGCCCAGGAAGAGAGAGGCGGUUGCAGCGCACAAGGCCGCGCCUUGUCGAGCGAGCUGCAGAUUGCAAUGCGGGCUCUGCUAGCGUCGCUGCGGCACUGUGUCGAGUCGCGAGUGAUUCAGGCGCAGUCCCACGAAGAGCAUCAACAGGCGGACACGCUGCUCACCCACUGGGCUGCCGCAGAGAACCUUUGCCCGGUCACCGACUCUCCCGAGCUGGCAUGCGCGCUGCAUCAGGCUGCGCACCUUAUCGGCAAGCUGGAGGACCUCGUGACCGUGAUUCGCACGCAGGCGGGGCAGCUGCACCAGCUAAAGGCGCUCCACCGGGAUGUACUGGAGCGUAUGGAGCACGCUCACGCCAACACCCAAGCGCUGGGCAGGCUUCAAGCGCAGCUCAGCGCUGCGAACAAUGACCGCCGUGCACUGGAGCAGGAGCUGGAGCGCAUCUCUGCCGGCGGAGCGGAACGCCACGCUCGUCAGGCACCGUUGUGUCGUCUCUACCCUACUGCGGAGGAACGCAAAGAUGCCCAGGUCGCCAAACUUCAGCAAGAGCUAGCCAAAACACGCAACUUACUCUUCUUGUCCAAAGAGGCAGAGGAUAGGCUAAAGGUGCAGCUGCAGCAGAGUCACACUCGCGAAGCGCGUCGAAAGCACGAGGAGUGGCAUCGACAGGGAAAGAGUAGCCGGUACAGCAUCUCAGACCGGGCGUACACACAGCCACGCAGUCGAUCCGCGAGGGCCGGUAAUGGCCCUCAUUCGUCGCCGUCGAACUCACCGUAUCGGCGCUACACGCCAGUGUCUACCCCCCGCGGAGCGUUCUCGUACGCCAUUGCUCAUGACACCCCGCGUGGCCCGUCGACCUUGCAGGUGCACGUGAACGGAUGCCCCGUCUCCUCGAUUCGCGGGCCGGACGCGGCCACCGCCGAGCAGGUUAGCACAAGCAUGUCAGUCAACAGUAGCACGCCGUGGCCCUCGUCGCGCUACGUCAUGACGCCAACGAAGGUGGACCGGGGGCCAUGUCCCAACUGCCUUACCCCGCUGACCUCGUGCUGCCGUGAGGAGAGCGGCACCGCGUCGGAGAAGGCAGCGUUUUGCUUCAGCUGUCGCCGUUACUUCACCUUUGGAGAACUGUGGACGUGCGAUGGACGUGAGAUUAUGUGA